CUCUCUGCCAUGUCAAUAAUCAAUGGGAUUAUCCUUUGUUUUUUUGUGGAAUCUAUUAGCUCUAAGAGGAGUUUGGUUUCAUUGGAGCUUUUAAAACAAACAAGUUUAAUUAAAGCGGAGAAGUUUGAAGACUUUUUUCCUUUUGAGUGUCAUGAGAUAAUCAUGUGGCCUUUUAAAAAAAAAGUGUACUUUGUGCAGCAAGUUGACUAUGUGGACUUUGCCUGUUUAGCACCUCUUGUCUUAUCAUGCAGGACCGUGCUAUGUCUCAGAGGCACAGCCUCUUUGGAGGUUUAUAAAUCUCAAACUACCUUCUCUAGAAGAGUCGAAAGCAACAAAAACACUAUAAAGAUUAAACUCCUGAAUCCUGAUUGUGGGAGUCCGCCUGCUUUGCUAAAACUUUAACUUACCUAUUUCUUCAAUCUUUUUCAUGUUCGGUUUAUUAUAUUUUGUUGAUCAACCUCACCCAUCCAGCAUUGUUGCAGUAAUGGUUAGCUUUUCUCCUGAUAAUGCAGAGUAAUAAACCUUUGAACUGCACGCCUGUAUUUGUUCCUGACAUCCCACAGCUGCACUAUUCAUUUCCCUUUUGGUGUCUUCCACCAUGGAGCCUCUGAAAACUAGAUCAGACUGAUGGAGUCUUUUUCUGGAGAUGCAGAAGAAGGUACAGAGGACCUCGCAGGGAAUAAAAAGUUCAAAAUCAAGUCUCUGAAAACGCGACUGUUCCGGAAGAGUAAGAAAUCAGCCUCAGAGAAGGCUGAGAAACUCACCCAGUCAGCCAGUGACAUAACGUUUGCAGAGAGACUUGGAUCUGAUGAGGAUUUGCUAAGCGGUCAGAGAAUAAUGGGCUCCCGAGCAUUGUCUCAUGACAGCAUCUUCCUGUCCGAGGAGGGUCUGGAAGACCCCGAACCCCCACGGAUUUUAUCUCAAGAAAAUGUUCACGGCAAAAUCAAAGCUCUUCAGAUGAAGCUUCAGCUGCAGAAAAUGCACUUUGGGCCGCCCCCUUCGGUUUUACCAGUCAGAAGUCCAGACUCAGAAGACAAGAGUGGACAUUCGGAGGAUCUCCUUUUCCAAAGCUCUCAUGAAACCUCAGGAGAAACAGUCACACCUCAGGGAAUCCUCAACAAGACUCAGCUGGUCUAUCCGCCUCUCUGCCCUUUUCCCAAUCCUGCCCCAAUCAAAUCUCUGUCCCCGACUUUUUCCAAUCCUUGGUCUUUUUCCGCUCCCCAAAAUUCUCCUACUUCUACCGCUGAGCCUCCUUUAGACUUCAGUACCCCGCCCAGAGCCCUGUCACGCUUAGACAGCUCUGCAGCUCGCCACCGAAUGUCCGUGAAGCCCAGAAACCAGAGAGCCAGCACCAAGAAGAAGAUCUCCUCUGUGUCUCAGUCUGAGUCCUUCCCACAUGUGCCAAACAACAAGGAGGAGUCUGAGAAGGAGCAAGAGGAGAAGGAUGAAAUAAUUCAGAAGUCAGAAGAAGAGGUUCCUCAGGAACUUCUGGUGACGUUUGAGGAGACCCCACCCAUCACUUUAGAUCCACCACUCAAACCCUCUAGUCUAAGCUUCCCGCAACUCGAGCCUGCUGUGCUUCCAGAGGUUUUCCAAGUUACCCCUGACGUGGAGACAGUGGAUGCUGCAUCCAGUGAACUUUCCUCCUUCCUGGAGUCAGAACUAAACAACAAAAGAGAACUGGUCACUUCUCACGAAAAGACAAAUACGGGAACAUCUGAGGUUCCAUCAGACCAGAUAUCAAGUCAUCUCCGCUCACGGUCUCCCAGCGAGAUCCUGGAUUUCAGAGGGAUAACAAGGCCGUCUCCAGGAUCUGGAUCUUUCCAUUUCUCCAAUGUCAGAAGUGGAGAUGAAGACAGACCCAGAUCGAGCAGCUUCGUGCUGAAGCAGGCUGAAGCUUUACACAAGCAAGAGGAGAAAUCUGUGAAGGACAAAGAAGAUCUGAAAAGCUUCCAGCUCAAAGGCAGCCCCUUUGCCCUGGGACGCUUCAAGCCAGAGGGGGCAUCUGUCAAAGCCUCUGUUGCUCCAUGGGAAAAGAAGGAAAGUAUCAAAGCCGAAGGGCCAGCAUCACCCACCAAAACUGUACCUGCAGAGGCCGUCACUCUGGAAACAGAGGAGGUGGACAGCUAUCGAGGGCAGUUAGAGGAGACAGAGAAGGCCCAGGAUUUCAGAGGGAUAACAAGGCCCUCUCCAGGAUCUGGAUCUUUCCAUUUCUCCAAUGUCAGAAGUGGAGAUGAAGACAGACCCAGAUCGAGGAGCUUCGUGCUGAAGCAGGCUGAAGCUUUACACAAGCAAGAGGAGAAAUCUGUGAAGGACAAAGAAGAUCUGAAAAGCUUCCAGCUCAAAGGCAGCCCCUUUGCCCUGGGACGCUUCAAGCCAGAGGGGGCAUCUAUCAAAGCCUCUGUUGCUCCAUGGGAAAAGAAGGAAAGUACCAAAGCCGAAGAGCCGGCAUCACCCACCAAAGAGGCCGUCACUCCGGAAACACAGGAGGUGGACAGCUAUCGGGGGCAGUUAGAGGAGGCAGAGAAGGCCCAGGAGGAAGAAAAAAAGACAGCAUUUGGGAUUAAACUGCGGGCCACUUCUCAGUCGAUUAAAUAUCGAUCGGAAGCGGCUCCUAACCGCCUUUCGAAGACUAUCAUGCAAGAGGAGUUCGAUGAGAACCCCAAAAAACUGGAAGUCUACGAAAAAUCUAGCGAGACGUCAGAGAAGCUGCCAAUAAGCACUAGCUCUACCCUCAGACCAACAGAUCCGGCUCCAGCUGGUGUCUCCUUUCAGAAAAAGCACAACAUCCCCCCGACGGACAAUCUCGCCUCUGCUAACUCAGUCCAAACAUCCUCCUGCGCUGUCAAAGAAGCAGAACUGCAGCCCAGCCCCCAAACUUCCUCCUCCUCUGAGGUAUCCUGGAUCAGUCUGGCCAUGGAAAAGACCAGGACUAUCCAGCAGCUUUUCACCAGCAGACUCUCCAGAGAUUCAGGAGCCCAACCACAACCGACGGCUCAAUCAGAGACGAUGAGCGGUCAACAAAAUCCAACUGUGUCGUCUUCUGCAAAUCAACCGACAGCAGAUAAAAAAGCUGCCAGAGAGGUCUCCUCCACCAGAUUCCUCAGAGACGUUGUGGAUCAAACUGAGAUAAAGAUUGUCCCGGAAACUCAAAGUGAGACACUGAAGUGUCAACAGCAUCCAACGCAAACUCCAAACCAGUCUUUGUCAGAUACGGUGAGGGAAGAGACUCUAGAAACGUCAGUGAAACCAUCAAUUGUGGUUAAACGGCAGAAGAUAGCAUCUCCUGCUCUGUCUCACACUUCCAGAGAGUCCCAUUCAUUUAAGCAAACCAAAGAAGAUCUGAUAGACACCAGCCUGCACACCUCCCAGUCUCCUUCUCCCUCAGCCCUGCCAGCCAACCCUUGGGCGACUCUGUCCCCCUUGCGUUCUGCAUCACAAACAGUCAGUUCAUCCCAUCCUGAACCGCCUGCACAGACGUCAGUCCAGCAGCAGCAGACACCCUGGAGCAUUCCGCUCAAGUCCACCACUGCAGCUCAGACACCGGCUUCUGCAGCUCCUCCUACAGACUCUGAGAGUGAGGAGAAGGAGUCCCCCGUACAGAAGGAGGCCCCAUCCCUCUCUGUGAGGCGAGCAGUGUGGACGGGUUCAGCCAGCGACAGGGCGGUGUUCCUGGAAAAACGUGCAGCGUGGACCACUACACCUGUGAUCAAAGGGGUGGAAUUAAGGAAACCUCAAACAGAAAUCCAGACAACAGGUGACCCCCCGUCGCCAGCAAGAGUCACACCUUCAAGCAAAGACACGACUGCAGACGGAAAGCAGUGGGGUGCAGAGUCAAGCCCCUUCAAAGUACCAGAAAGGCCUCGUGAUGAAAAAUGGCUAAGGAGAAAUCUGGGCUCGACUCCAUCACCGUCGUCGUCACCGACACAGCCGUCGGUACUGCAGUCCAUGUCUGACAGCGGGCAGCCAUCCUGGAUGGAGCUGGCGAAGAGAAAGUCCAUGGCGUGGAGUGAUAAGACCAUGGACUAAGGAGGAGUACGGCAAGAUAAUCACUGCAGGAAGUUGGGGGGAAAAAUACAAAUGUUGAUGAUGUGUUGAAUGGAGAUUUUCACAGAGAUGUUGAUUUAACCCUGCAGACAUUUUGAGUCUGAGGUGGUUUCAAAUGUAAAAUGUUAAUGUUCUGUAGAGCAUAUUGAACGUUAAUGCCAAUCCCACUUUGAUGUGUCUGUUUAUGAAUUAUGUAUGACUUCAUAAUUUCACAGCUUUGUAAAUUUGAAUAAAUUUCUUAUAUUGAUGUUUGUUUUCAAGCCUUCA